AUGUGGAGACGAGCCUACCUGGUUCUCCUGCUGGUUCGGAUCUAUUUCGCCCUCUCCCCAAGUUAUCUCCAUCCCGAUGAGCACUUUCAGGGUCCUGAGGUAUUUGCAGGGCGCAUAUACUCCUAUCCAUCGCAGUUGACGUGGGAAUUCACUUCGGAGCAUCCCAUCCGCAGCGUCUUCCCAUUAUGGCCCGUCUACGGUUUGCCGAUGGGCCUCAUGAGCUGGUUUUACAAUGAGACGGGAAUUGGAAGUCCUUCUGCAGACCUGGUUUACUAUGCCCUGCGCGGGGGCAUGUUUGUGCUGAGCUUUGUGCUCGAGGACUGGGCGAUCUACGAGCUGGUGUCGACGCCGCGGUAUCGGGUGCAGACGGUGGUGUUGGUAGCCUCGUCCUACGUCACAUGGACAUAUCAGACGCACACCUUCUCCAACUCGUUGGAGACGCUCCUGGUGGCCUGGGGACUAGUGUUGAUCCAGCGCAUUAUUGCCAACAAGGUUCGCACCGGGAAAGAAACAGCUUACGCUGAGGCGACACCCGCUGAUAUCUGUGCAGAAGCGCUCCGCCUUUUUCUCAUGUGUUCUGCUGUCCCUCGUCGCAGUCAUUGGCGUUUUCAAUCGUAUAACAUUCCCUGCUUUUCUCUUGGUGCCGGGCCUGCAAUUGCUGCCGCAUUUUGCUCGCAAUCGGGCUCCAGGCCACUCGCCCUUGUUGGUUUUGUCGGAUUCGGAUCGCUCUUCACAUUGAUUGCUAUCCUUACAGACACCGCCUUCUAUCGUUCCACUUCAUUCUCCCUCCUCGAUGCGAUCCGUCAUCCUGUAAUAACCCCUCUCAACAACCUCGUCUACAACUCUAAUACCUCCAAUCUGGCCGUUCAUGGCCUCCAUCAUCGCUAUCAACAUUUCCUGGUGAAUCUGCCACAGCUGCUGGGCCCUGCGUUCGUGAUCCUCAUACUAUCGCUAUUUACUCGGUCGGGGAUCUCUCGUUUGAGCAACAAGCGUGCGGUCUCUGCCAUCUCCGGCACAAUGAUCCUGUCAAUCUUUCCCCACCAAGAGCCUCGUUUCUUGAUCCCGUGCGUGCCUCUGCUGCUGACCUGCAUUCGACCGCUCAGGUCACGACCUUUCCUGGCGGCAUGGGUUGUUUUCAAUGCCGCCUUGGGAUUUCUCAUGGGCAUCUAUCACCAGGGCGGGGUUGUCCCCACUCAACUGGAGAUACCAGCCAUUGUGUCGGCGAGCUUGGCCACCAAACAAGAUGGCCAGUUAGCGGGGCCGGCAUUAGGAGGGACUGCAACGGUUUUCUGGUGGAAGACCUAUUCGCCGCCGCUCUGGUUGCUUGGCGACAAUAGCAGCUUCCCUGUGGAGGUCAAGACCCGCGAUCUGAUGGGGAUUCCUGGGAUGGAAAUGAUUCAAGAGCUCGAUACUGCCGUUCCAGAAUGCCCAGCAAGCAGCAAAGCUGGCUCCAAGCCCGUGGCAUCCGAUGAUUCUCUGGGCAACAACUCGGUUUUCCUCGUGGCGCCUCGGUCUGCCACUUUCCUAGACGACUAUACUGGACUGUCAUCGUCUCCCGUUGACCCUCCCCUUCGUUUGCGUGAGCUCUGGACCUACAGAAAGCAUUUAAACCUCGACGACCUCGAUUUCGGCGACGAUGGCAUCCUCCCGACCCUGAAACGGGUUAUCGGGAGGCGAGGCUUGACCGUAUGGGCCGUGGACCGAGUUGACUGCGAGUAA